AAAUUGUCUACUUAGUGGCAGCAGGGGGAACUAUAUCCAAUUUAUAAACAGUGUAAUUUUGACAAAUUAUUAUUUGAAUGUAGCAGUAACAGCAGAUAGACAGACAUUUUAUCAAUGAAGAUGGUGCAGUUCGGAACUCCAGUCACGUUUGACCAACGACCGUCGUUUAGUAUUAGCCGGGUGCUUGGUGAGGAAUUGAAUGACGAAAACCUGGAUAAUGCGACGACUGAGCAUGAUGAUUCCUCGGAAAAUUUUGACUUACCUGCUGACGACUCAAGCAACGUGGACGUAGAAUCGUUGGAAUCCGAGCUAGAAAAUUCAGAAUACUAUCAGAAAAUGUUCCCUAAAACCUGUGAUCUACCACCUACAAGUCCGAACUCCAAAGACAGUAGUACAGGAGACGUUGAUGUGGAUGAAUCUGAUCGCAACAAUAACAGUAAUUCGUCACAGCAAACCAGCGACAGCAAGAAGUCAGAAAAACCACCGUUUAGUUAUAACGCUCUCAUUAUGAUGGCUAUCAGAAGUAGCACCGAAAAAAGACUGACCUUAAAUGGAAUUUAUGAAUUCAUCAUGAAAAACUUUCCAUACUACAAGGACAACAAACAAGGAUGGCAGAAUUCUAUACGUCAUAAUCUCAGUUUGAACAAGUGCUUCGUCAAAGUCCCUCGUCACUAUGACGACCCGGGAAAGGGUAACUACUGGAUGCUGGAUCCGUCCUGUGAUGACGUUUUUAUCGGAGGUACCACAGGAAAACUCCGCCGACGGUCUACGACAGCUUCUCGGAGCCGCCUGGCGGCCUUAAAAAGAGCAGGUUUUGCUGGAUACCAGUCACCGGUUUAUCCAUAUUUUGGACACGGAGGGAAACCCGGGUCUUACAUUUGGCCUUUUCCAUCUUUAUUUCAUCUCGGGUCUGCUAGUCCGAUUUCUACAUCCGGGUCAUUGAGAUAUUCCGGAUUUCCUAUGUACCCCUACAGAGGUUUGCUGUCUCCAUCGUCAUCGCUUCCGACCAAUUCUUCUCCCAGAACUACAAAUUUUUCUGUGGACCGACUGCUAGGGUUGGACAUUGGAUCGCAACAAACCGCUAACAAAUCCAGCAGUUCUUUCCUCCAAUGGCCGCCUCAAGCUGCCAUGUCUUUAACACAAAUUGAACAAGGCUCUCCCAGUAAUAGGGGCCUCGAUCUCAGUGUAUUUAAGGGACUUCAUGGACUUCCGGUUUCGCCAGUAUCUGCGUUUACCUCCCCUGACAUGAUGUCACAAAGUCCUUCAUUAGCUGUUCGGGGGAUGUUGCCAGCCCUGACAAGGAACAAUUUAAGUGAAACAAGAACAAGUUGAUCAAUUCCUCAAGUGACUGUAAAUAGUGCUAUAACAAUGUGCAAUAAGAGACUGUCCUAGGCUGCUGUUUAUAUGAGAGCUGUAAGAAUUUGUUUUUAAAUGUUUAUUCUUUAAAUCUAAUGAUACAAAUAUUAAAAUUAUCAAGAUAG